AAAAGGUAUGUUGCGAUGCUCUCCUCCAGAUCUCCUCACCUCCAGUGUUUCCAAAACCAGGCCAGGGUGAAGGAUCUCAAAGUGCUGAGAAAAAAGGAGGGGGAGGGAGGGAUGGAUGGAGGGAGGGAGGGAGACAGGGAGGGAGGGAGGUCCGCUCAUGCCUUUGAACGGCGCCGUCUGUUUCGACCAUUCCGCACAGGGAAAGUGGACAUGUGGACCAGUUUGCCACGCUCGCCCUUUAUGCUUCCACUUUUCCGUACUUCAUCUGAGCUCUUUACCUACAGGAACUCAUCUUCUCCUUCUUCUUCUUCUCCCUCAGUGGUGGCUGAUCCUGGAGCGCAAUGAAACUGCUCUUGUACAACUUGGUGGAAGGCAGUACCGACCUCGAGGAACCGGACGAUGUCACGACCUCCAGCGCCGCCUUGGACCACCGAUUCACGCCGCAAGACUUCCUGAGCCAGGUGGUGGACUUUCUGCGAGACCACAUGGUCUUGGUCCUGGUGGUGGCGUCCCUGGUCUUGAUUGCGCUCCUGGCCGUGUGCGGCGCCGUCUUCCUGACGAGGCGGCGUAAGUUCCACACCUACUACCCGUCGUCGUAUCCCGCCAAGAUGUACGUAGACCAGCAGGACAAGAGCGGCGGGGCGAGGGGAUUUCAUGAAAUUCCCGAGAAGAAGACGGCGGCCGCCACCCAUCGGGAAAGCCAACUAACAGAUUCCAACAAGCAGCUCCAGGCGGACAUCACGAGGGUGGCGAAGAGUCUGAGGACUCCCACCAAAACUUUGGAGGACGGCUCCAGGACAGAGACGCCGGUUGCGGACCAGGCCGGCGAGGCGCCCGAAGCGUCACCGCAGGGCGAUGGGGCGGAGAAGCCCGAAGAUGAGUUCCGGGAGCCAGCCAGCAGCCGGAAUCUGCGACCUCCGUCUUUGCAUCUUCACAACGAUUCAGCCACUCUGCAGCUUAUCGCCGGGGAGAAAACAGCCUUCUAAAAGGGACACCACCCCGGACAUACCUCAAAGCACGUUUUGAGUUUUUUGAAAGAGAUGUACACGGCGGUGGCGGGACUAGCGCUUAGCAUGUCGGCCUUGCCGUUCACUUGCUGAUUGAGUUUGAAACAUUUGACACAUUGGGCAGCAUGAUUGGCCAGCGUGUGCGCCCAGCAGUUUGGAAGUUCUGGCUUUGAAUCGCAGCUGUGAUUGAGGUGCCUGAUGGUCCGUUUUCUGUAAAUGUGCCUUGGACUGGAUGGGAUUAUAGAUCAUGAAAUAUUGGGGGCUUUCAAAUAAGCGCAUAGUGUUGCUUAAGGGAUGCUCCUUUAGCCAAAUGCUAAUAAACAAUGAAAAACAGCAUA